AUGGGGGUCAAACGAAAUCAAGUUCAACUGCUUCUUUUCUCGUGUAUCUCCUUAGACUCGAUUCAGUACUUGAGUGCUACAGAGAGGGAACUGUUAGACGAGAUGGGCCAGCUGGAAGAGGAUUUCAGGCAGAAGUAUUUGCGUAUCAAAGGGGACUUGGGCAAGGCCCAACGCUGCUCGCAUCGAGCAGCGAGCCCAACCCACACAAACUGGGAAUUCGACUCCUUGGUUCUGGAGAAUAUGAGGCAGGUCGAAGACGUUGAAACAUGGUGGGCAGUUCGGAGGUUCGUCCAGAUUGAUUGCAAAGAUGAAUCUGCCAUCAUGGAUGCUUGUGGGUCCGUUGUGUUAUUUCUUCUCCAAGGAUUCCUUGUCAGUGGCAUAGCGGACUUGUCUCUUCACAAUGACCCUUCUUCACCCUUCUUCCUGACGAGUCUUGUACUGUCAUUGGUUGUGAUCUUCGUCAUGCUCAGAGUCUUCGAAGUUUGCAUUGGGAUCAACAACAUUUUGGAUCGUGACACUUUCUUUUUGACCGAGGCCAUGCUCAAGGCGGUGCAUAUUCCGGAUCCUGUUGAGCGGACAAGGGUGAUAUCAGCUUUACAGGCGAUUGAGCGGAGGCUGAGUGUUUAUGAUGACAAACAAAGGCUGGUGGGCAUCGAAGCGACUGCCAACUUGAGGAACGGUUGGAUCGCGUCUCUGUUCGUGACACUUUUCAGCUAUGGGUCUCGUUUCGUGACGCCAGUCCUGUCUCAGUUAGAUAUGGACUUCUUGGAGCACCUUGGUGAGUUCCAGAUCUUCCGUUCCAGCAACUCCUCCGCCAUGGCGUUGUGGUUGCUUCUGAGCACGGGACUCGCUGCGGCGUGGGCGGAAAGCGAUGUGCACCAAGCUUUCGAGCAGUACAUCAAGGACCGGAGACGGGACUUCGACAAGAAGUACGCGCCUGCCGAGAGGUCGGAGCGGUUCGCCGCCUUCAAGGAAAACUUUGAGUAUAUCUUGCAAGAGAACUCCAAGGGCCUCUCCUACCAGCUGGGAUUGAACGACUUCUCGGACGUGAGCUCUGAUGACUUCGCGAAGAGCCGCACCGGCUUGCGGAAGCCUUUGCGCAAGGCGGCCGCGGGCCGCAGCGUGCAUGUCCCCAAGCUUCCGAAGAGCUCGCUACCCAGCUCGGUCGACUGGCGCGGCCACGGCGCCGUAACGCCCGUGAAGAAUCAGCAGCAGUGCGGCUCCUGCUGGGCGUUCAGCGCAACCGGUUCCCUCGAAGGUGCCUGGGCGAUUGCGACCGGAUCGCUGAUCUCGCUCUCUGAGCAGCAGCUCGUGGACUGCUCCGGAAGCUUCGGAAACGAGGGCUGCGAUGGCGGCGAGAUGGAUGAUGCCUUCGAGUACGAUGAGCAGACAGCACUGUGCACGGAGCAGAGCUAUCCUUACACGGCUGAGGAUGGCAGCUGCCAGGCCAGCAGCUGCUCCGUGGGGAUUCCAGCUCACAGCGUGACGAGCUUCGUGGACGUGCCCACUGACAACGAAGAGGCUCUCAUGGAUGCCGUGGCCCAGCAGCCGGUGUCGGUGGCCAUCGAGGCAGACAAGCGUGCCUUCCAGAACUACAAGAGCGGAGUGCUCAGCAAGAUCUGUGGCACCAAGCUGGACCACGGCGUCCUGGUGGUUGGGUACGGCAGCGAGUGGGGCAAGGAUUACUGGCUCGUGAAGAACAGCUGGGGCGCCUUCUGGGGCGAAGAUGGCUACGUGAAGCUGGAGCGCGGCAAGCCCGGAGCAGGGGAGUGCGGCAUCAAGUCCGAGGCCUCCUACCCUGUCGUGUCUGCCUCGCCCUCCCCAUCGCCCCCGUCUCCGUCUCCGCCGGCGCCCAGCGCUGGGCACUACGGACGCCCUCCGUGCCGCAGUGACGAGUCGUCGUUCGAGGUGGUCGGCAAGGGCACCGUCUGCACCCCGAGCUGCCUUGACGGCUGCCCGACAGACGUGCCAGAGGGCGCCACCGCGCGGCCUGGCUGCGUGGACGGGGACUACUGCGCCCUCCGCUGCGUCCUGGGAGGUUGCCCUCCUGGCGCCAAGUGCAUCCACAAUUCUGGACUGCUCGGUAUGUGCGUCUACCCUGACGAGGCGAUUGUGGUCUAA